GCCGCGGCGCGGCACAAGCGGUGGCGGUGCGCUGAGCGCCCGCGGAGGGUGCCGUACGCUGGGCGGGCUCUGGGCUCCCCGGCGGGCGGGCGGGCGGGCGGCCGCAAGCUGCUGGCCACCAUGCAGAAAAGCGUGCGGUACAACGAGGGGCAUGCCCUGUACCUGGCGCUGCUAGCCCGCAGGGAAGGCACCAAGCGGGGCCACCUAAGCAAGAAGACGGCUGAGACCAACCGCUGGCACGAGAAGUGGUUCGCCCUCUACCAAAACGUGCUCUUCUACUUCGAGGGCGAGCAAAGCUCCCGGCCCGCCGGCAUGUACAUGCUGGAGGGUUGUAACUGCGAGAGGGUGCCGGCUCCCAAGGGCUGCACCGCCAGCAGCGCCAAGGACGCUGCGCUGGACAAGCAGUAUUACUUUACUGUUCUUUUUGGCCACGACGGGCAGAAGCCACUGGAGCUCCGUUGCGAUGAUGAAGUUGAUGGAGAUGAAUGGGUAGAAGCGAUUCACCAAGCUAGUUAUUCAGAUAUUCUCAUUGAAAGGGAGGUGUUAAUGCAGAAGUACAUUCAUCUUGUCCAGAUUGUAGAGACUGAAAAGAUUGCAGCCAAUCAGCUUCGACAUCAGCUUGAAGAUCAAGACACAGAAAUUGAAAGACUUAAAUCUGAGAUUAUAGCUCUCAAUAAAACAAAAGAAAGAAUGCGACCUUAUCAAGGCAACCAGGAAGAUGAUGAUCCUGAUAUUAAAAAAAUUAAAAAGGUCCAGAGCUUUAUGCGGGGCUGGCUAUGUAGAAGAAAAUGGAAGACUAUUGUCCAAGAUUAUAUUUGUUCUCCCCAUGCAGAAAGUAUGAGAAAAAGAAAUCAGAUAGUUUUUAACAUGGUGGAGGCUGAAUCCGAAUAUGUGCAUCAGCUCUAUGUUCUUGUGAAUUGCUUUCUGCGGCCCUUAAGAAUGGCUGCAAGUUCAAAGAAGCCACCUAUCAGUCACGAUGAUGUUAGUAGCAUUUUCCUCAACAGUGAAACAAUCAUGUUUCUUCAUGAGAUAUUUCACCAAGGCUUAAAAGCAAGAAUAGCUAAUUGGCCUACCUUAAUCCUUGCUGACUUAUUUGACAUUCUGCUGCCAAUGCUGAACAUAUAUCAAGAAUUUGUUCGGAAUCAUCAAUAUAGUCUACAAGUACUGGCAAACUGUAAGCAAAACAGAGACUUUGACAAACUCUUGAAGCAGUAUGAAGCCAACCCAGCUUGUGAGGGGCGAAUGCUGGAAACUUUCCUUACUUACCCCAUGUUUCAGAUUCCGAGAUACAUUAUAACACUUCAUGAACUUCUGGCUCACACACCACAUGAACAUAUUGAGCGAAAAAGCCUUGAAUUUGCUAAAUCUAAACUAGAAGAACUUUCAAGGGUGAUGCAUGAUGAAGUGAGUGACACAGAAAACAUCCGGAAGAAUCUCGCCAUAGAAAGAAUGAUAGUAGAAGGCUGUGAUAUACUACUAGAUACCAGCCAAACUUUCAUACGCCAAGGUUCCCUCAUUCAAGUCCCUUCAGUUGAGAGGGGAAAACUUAGUAAAGUUCGCCUGGGAUCGUUAUCUUUGAAGAAAGAAGGAGAAAGACAGUGCUUCUUAUUUACAAAACAUUUUUUAAUUUGUACAAGAAGUUCAGGAGGAAAACUGCAUCUUCUCAAGACAGGAGGUGUUCUGUCUUUAAUGGAGUGCACACUGAUUGAGGAGACAGAAACGGGUGACGAUGAUUCAAAAAGUUCUGGACAAGUGUUUGGACACCUUGAUUUCAAGCUUGUAGUUGAACCUAUGGAUGCUCCUCCCUUUACUGUUGUCCUUUUAGCCCCAUCACAACAGGAGAAAGCUGCAUGGACGAGUGAUAUAAGUCAGUGCAUUGAUAAUAUAAGGUGCAAUGGUUUAAUGACCAUAGUGUUUGAGGAAAACUCUAAAGUCACAGUGCCACAUAUGAUCAAAUCUGAUGCUCGUCUUCAUAGAGAUGACAUUGAUAUCUGCUUCAGCAAAACACUGAAUUCCUGCAAAGUACCCCAAAUCCGUUACGCAAGCGUCGAGCGCCUUUUGGAGCGGCUAACAGACUUGCGAUUUCUAAGUAUUGAUUUCCUGAAUACUUUCCUGCAUACUUACCGCAUAUUUACUACUGCAACUGUUGUACUGGAAAAACUUUCAGACAUAUACAGACGGCCCUUCACUUCCAUUCCUGUCAGGUCUCUGGAGUUAUUCUUUUCUACCGGUCAAAACAACAAAGGAGAGUACCAGACUGAUGGGAAGUCACCAAAUCUGUCUCGCAAGUUUUCUUCUCCUCCUCCAUUGUCACUCUCCAGAACUUCCUCACCUGUCAGAACUCGAAAACUGUCAUUGACCUCACCACUGAAUUCAAGGAUCGGUGCCCUUGACCUCUCUUCUUCGUCUGUGGCGAGCAGUCCUACCUCGACCUACAGCCCGGCCACCUCCCCACCACCAACGGGUAGCAAAGUACCACUGGACCUUAGCAAAGGGCUCUCCUCUCCUGAGCAAAGCCCUGGCUCCAUAGAGGACAGCUUGGAGAACCCUCGUGUUGACCUCUGUAACAAGCUGAAGAGAAGCAUUCGAAAAGCAGUUCUAGAAUCUGUGUCAGUGGACCGGGCAAUUCCUGAAAGCAGCUCAGCAAUGGAUACCUCAGAGCCUUCCCCAUGUAGAUCCCCUUCGACACCACGUCAUCUCCGCUAUCGUCAGCCAGGAAUUCAAACCGGUGACAACAGCUACUGUUCAGUUUCUCCUGCUUCUGCUUUUGCUAUUGCUACAGCUGCAGCAGGGCAUGGGAGUCCACCAGGAUUUAACAACUUCGAACGCAUAUGUGACAAAGAGUUCAUAAUACGUAGAGCAGCCACCAAUCGCGUCCUAAAUGUCUUGCGCCACUGGGUCUCCAAGCAUUCUCAGGAUUUUGACAUGAACAGCGAGCUGAAAGGGAAUGUGUUCAAUUUGCUGGAAGAAGUUUUGAGAGACCCUGACCUCCUGCCACAAGAAAGGAAAGCUACUGCAAAUAUACUGAGGGCUCUUUCUCAGGAUGAUCAAGAUGAUACCCAUUUAAAAAUAGAGGGUAUCAUUCAGAUGUCAGAUUGUCGAAAACCAGAGUGCUUUGAGACUUUGUCGGCCAUGGAGCUUGCAGAGCAAAUAACUCUUUUAGAUCACAUAAUUUUCCGAAGAAUACCAUAUGAAGAGUUUCUUGGGCAGGGCUGGAUGAAAGCAGAUAAAAAUCAGAGAACACCCUGUAUUAUGAAAACUAGUCAACAUUUUAAUGAUAUGAGUAACCUUGUUGCCUCCCAAAUCAUGAAUUAUGCUGAUGUCAGCUCCCGGGCUAACUCAAUUGAAAAGUGGGUAGCAGUAGCUGAUAUCUGUCGAUGUAUGCACAAUUAUAACGGUGUGUUAGAAAUCACAUCAGCCUUGAACAGAAGUGCAAUCUACAGACUUAAGAAAACUUGGAGUAAAGUAUCCAAACAGACAAAAGCUCUCAUGGACAAACUUCAGAAGACUGUAUCAUCGGAAGGAAGAUUUAAAAAUCUUAGAGAAACGCUCAAAAAUUGCAACCCGCCUGCUGUUCCCUACCUUGGAAUGUACCUGACGGACCUGGCAUUCAUUGAAGAAGGAACACCAAACUUCACUGAGGAAGGCCUUGUCAAUUUUUCCAAAAUGAGAAUGAUCUCGCAUAUUAUCCGGGAAAUACGCCAGUUCCAGCAGACUUCCUACCGCAUAGAGCAUCAGCAGAAGGUCACUCACUAUUUGCUUGACAAGACGCUCAUCAUAGACGAAGAUACCUUGUAUGAGCUUUCCCUGAAGAUUGAACCCAGACUCCCUGCCUGAAGAGCCAGCUUUGCCUCAAAGUCUACAGAAAGCUUUAGUACAGUGAACAAAAUAAUGCAUGCUAAGUCCUAAAGACUGUAAGGGAAAUACUGAGAAUAAUGUAGGCUCUCUUUUCCAAUAAGAGAUACAAAAUCUCACAGCAUUUCCCUCUCAGACAACGAAAGUGACCAUUGAAGGUGGAAAGCAAAGAUGCUUCCCACCAGCAUUUAGUUAUUGCUGCUUUGCAAAGAUAAUGUUUUGCAGUAGGGACUAUGCAUUUAAUGGAAAAUAUGAGACUUUCCUGUGAACUCAUUGUAGCCAUCUUAAGUGACAAAUUAAGGAGACAUUGAAAUGGUGGCAAUAUACUCAGGUAUAUUAAGAUAAAUGAUCAAAAUGGCUGUGAUGUGGUCUGGGUUGAUGGCUAACUAUGCGUUCACUGGGGCAGUAAUUGCAGUGGUGUCCUCGUAUCGUGUUAGUUUAAUUGAAAAAGCAGGAUCUUAACAGUCAUCUACUAUGUUGGAGUAACAUUAAGCUAGCUUCUACUAUCUUCAGAUGUGCAGUUGUUCAAAAUACUUGCUAUUUAAUGCUAUCCUUAUAAAAUGUUACCUUCUUUAAAUGUCUUGUCAGUCUUCUAAUGUGACUGAUUUUACCUAUAAAGGAAUUGUAAAUACUGUUUCAUUAAUACAUAAUGAGAGUAUUUGCAGCAUGGCAAGCAAAUGAACUAGUUGAAUAGCUGUAAAUAGUUGCCAGCUUUGCAAGCUUCAGCUGGGAAAUACAAGGUUAGGAGCUAUGCUUGAGACUUGAGAAAUCCAGACAUGUAGUGACUGGGAUGGUUAGUCGUGUUGCACACAGCCCUGGAAAAGGCACUUUAUUUUUCUGCACCUCCUGCAGCUUUUCUGACAGGUCAGGCUACAGAGCACUUUCUGGACACACUGUGGAGAUAAAUACAUGUCUGGUCUGGCAGCGGGUAGUGAUCAGCAAUGAACACUAGGAGUUGCAGUGACAGUUUUGUUUUACGUGGAAUCAGUGCUUUGAAAAAUGUCUAUUUUUUUGUUCAGCCAUUCGGCACUGACUUAGCUCUAAAAUUGUUCAUGUCAGUGGUGAACUUGGAAUGCCAGCAAGCACAAGCUAUAUAUUUUUAUCUGCAGUAGUUAUUGUCAUUUGGAUAUGGGCAUAUUUUUAAGAAAAUGUGCUGUUUGUAAAUGUUUUCAAAGCCUGUGCUUUUGUGACGUAACAGGUGGAUAGAUGUCAUUUCUACAGCUAGUUGUUACUUCCUAAAUUUUCCUGAUCAAGAGUGGCCUGUUUUAACUGCAUGGAAAGUGAGUUCAAAUGUGUAAUAGUGAAAGUGAGCUAAACUGCGUGAUAGUAAAAAACGCAGGUUUUAGCACUGUUGAAAAAAAUUGGCUGGAAAAGUGUCCUUACUUUUCCAAUGAUAUUCAGCCAGUUGUAGAAUAGGGCUAUAUUGCUGUAUACCUCCCUUAAAUCCUCUCAGGGAGAUAGGUGUUUGAAAGAGAUUGUGACCUAGGCCUAAUUGAUCUGACAUUUCUUACCACAAUCACGAUGCUUCUUAAUGCUGGCAAUGAAAAAUGGAUCUGCCUAGCUUGUGGUUUUUGUCUUUAUUUGCACUUUAAUUAUAUUGCUGGCCCAGCCCAGAGCUGCACAAUAAAUUCCAUUUGUUCUGAGUGUAACUGCUAGCAUUUAUAAAUGUACCUUAGCGACUGUAAAAUUCAUUAAGGUUCUUCACCACAAGCACCAUCUCUUUGUAAAUAACUGCAUGAGGAAACAUCACAAAUACUGGAAAAUUCCUCUAUUAGAAAAGCAGACAGUAACAGAAAAGGAAAUUCCAGAAACAUUUUAAAUAGUUCUGGCUAAUGAUUGCUGUAGCAAUGAAUGUGGAAAAUGUUACUUAUAGAAGCUUUUUAUUGUCAAAAAUGUGCUUGUUCUUUUUGCUAAUGACUGACAAGAAGCUGCUUGCAUCCCAAUGCAUGUGGAAAAAAAAAGAAAAAAAAAAGAAAAAAGUAAAAAAAAAGUAAAAAAGAAUAAUAAAAAAAGAAAAAAGAAAAUAAAUAAAAGAAGAAGCGUGGUUUAUUUGGACCACAAAACCAACUUACUGUGUAUUUUCCAUACAGAAGCAGUUACCAUAUGGUAGUUUUACAAAACACUUUGAAGCAAUGAAGAAACAGGAAAAAAGUGGUCCAAAAAGUGAUCUCUUAAUUUGGUUUUAUUGUUUCUCUGUUAACAAAGAAAAUGUGUAACAACUGUCAAUGUCAAUUGGCAUCUCUGUUGUAUGCUAUUAACUGCUGCUUUAUCUGCCUGUAACCUAUUUUACCAAAUUUUAUUGAUAUUCUUGGGGUUACAGGAUACAAUUCUUCAUCCUACUCUUUUCACAGUUCACUGUUCAGUAUUCUGUGUGUGUAUAUUGGUUCUUGAGAGUUUCAAAACUUUUGAUGCAUUUUAACGCUUGCAAUAUGCAGGGGUGGUGCUGUGCUCGUGCUACAGUAUUGCAGAUGCACAGAGAGGAAGACAAAGGAUUAGACAUGGGGUUUUUUCAAAAGUGCUGAGCAUUCAUAUCUUAAAAUCAGUAGACAAUGUGGUAGUUAAGCCCCUCUGGAAAAGCGUAUACUAUUUAUAUGCCAAAAGUUAUCUCUUGGGUCAGUGGCACAAUUUAGAUUAGAAUCACUAGAGUAACUAGAUACUUCAUUUGUGUUCAGAGCAACAAAAACCAAAAAAAGGUUGUGGUCACAGUAAUGUUUGAUUUGCUGAUGACUGAUCUUUUUGGUUGGGGAUACAAUGCAUUCAUUAAAAUACAGGAGGUGACUGCUCAAAGAAGUGAGCAUGCACCUUGUUAUCCACAACACUCACCAGUGUUGCAACCCUAAUCAGAGCUGGAAACAGCUGUUCUGCAGGAAUCCUACACAGCGAGGGUAGAGCGGUGUGUCUGCCCCGCAGUCAGGUUGUGUACUUCACAUGUAAGUGAAGUGGCCGGAGUGCCUCUGCUACAGUACUGCUGCAGUGUUUCAGUGUUUGAUCUCUGGCAAUAGUUAGUAGGCAGCAGCAACUUGCUUUAUGUGACGCUUUGCCUAGUACAUCGAUAUAACCAGCUAGUGCAGUGAUCUCCCUGUACAGCGCACAGGGAUUAUGGAGCUCCUUGCUACCAGCUUCUCUGUGCCACUCCACUACAGCCAUAUAAUAUAUGGAGAUAGAAAUCCCAGUCAUAAAAUACCCACAGUUUGCCUCUGUUGCUUUAGGGAGGAUGUCUCCAAGUGAGGACUUUGUCAUUUGGAUCUUGCUGUCUUUUAGGAUCUUGUCCAUUAUAGAUUUUAUGGUGUGGAAGCAGAGCAGACUUGCUUUUCUGCAGUUGGAGCUGAAAAAGUGCAGAUGAUUGAGGAUUUGUAAGAAAGAGAAGGGCUGAAGCGCCUAUUACUUGCCUUUCUUAGCUCUUCAGCCCUGCUGCACCGGUCAGAUGUGACAGCAGUUCUCACAUUGGAGGGGCUGCUCCCUUUGGCACCCUCUGGACAAAAACGCCUCAGGAUGUACAGGCUGUCUGGAAGCAUUGGGGAUAGCAAAUUUGCCAGCAAAGUCCAAAGGGAGUUUUGCAGUAUUUUUUAUUGCAUAAGUAGCAGCCCAGAUUCAGCCCGUAGUUAUCUGGGAGCCUGGGCAGCAGCACAGACACGUCCCCUUCCAUGUGACAGAGAGCACUUGUCACACGCUGGUACGGGGUUAGAGUUGCCUUCACCCCAGCCUUCACUGCCCCCCCGUCCCUCUCCUCCCACCACUAAAUUCACCAGUGUUGUUAGUGGACUGAGCCUGUGGUUAGUCAUCGUGUGGAAGAAAAAGUAGAUCUGUUGAAUUUACAGUGGCAGUAAGUGUAUAUUCUGUCCCUUUCUUUUGGCUAGUCCUGUGACACAAACAUGUAGCUUAAUAGUGAGAGACGAUACUGGGACUGAUCACCCUUAUUUAAAAUUAAAGAAGAGGUCUCCAUCCUCUUACUGCUUUCCUAGUUCUUAAUAUUGAUUAUUGUUCUGUAAGAUAAAAAGGAACUUAACUAUUUAAAGUAUUUAUUAACUUUAACUACAUUUAUUUUGACUUAAGCACAUGUUCAUUAUCCCAAAUUUUCCUUCAUAAUCAUUAUUUAUUUUAAGAGGUUUACAAAAGCAUUAUUUUAUUUGUAUUGAUACUCAGUUUUUCCUCCUUUCACUCUUAUCAGCAACAUUAAACUUAGAUAUAUGAUUUAAAAUUAUCACCAGUAGAGACCUUUUUACCCACUCAUAAUUGUUUCUCAUUAAGGGCAAAAUCCUUCAGACCUCAUUCUGAUAAUACCUUAGGCUUCACUGAGAGCUUUUCAUAAGUAAGUAUUUGGGGAUCUGGCUCUCAGCUAUUUGCCUGUUACAGCUUUUGCCUCCAAAGGUCAAAUGUUUCUGUGUAGGAUGCUUUGUGUCCAAUAUGCUGCUCAACUACGGUUGUUUUGUGGUACCUUUACUUGUGAAAUAGUCUCUGAAGUUUUGUUCUUUUAGGAGAAUAGAUGUGUGGUUAUUUGACAGAUGUACCUAUAUCUAAUGUGUUACUUAGUACAAAAUCCAGAUGGUUUGCAUGUAUUGUAACGUGGCUUUUGACUUGAAGUUAUUGCUUUGUAUUGUUAGUAAUGCAUAUCGGGCAGGGUGUUGUGCCUAUAUGCUAAAUAAAUGUUCUUUUC